GGGCAGGCCGGGCCGGGCGGGGGCCGGCGCCGGCUGCCGGUGCCAUGCACUCCCUCGCCCAGGAGAUCCGGAGCUUCUCCAGGGCCAACCUGCGGCAGCAGCGCACGCGGGUGACGACGCUGACGGGCAGGCGGCUGGUCGAGACGUGGCGGGGCGCCUGCCUGCAGGUGUCCGAGGAGGAGGAGGCGCUGCCGGGCGGCGGCUUCGUGCGGGACCUGAGCUGCGACCUGCAGGUCGGCGCCGUGCGGCCGUGGCUGCUGCUGGGGUCGCAGGACGCAGCUCACGAUCUGGACACCCUCACCAAGCACAAGGUUACGCAUAUUCUAAAUGUGGCAUAUGGAGUCCAAAAUGCCUUCGUUAAUGACUUUAUAUACAAGACCAUUUCUAUUCUGGACAUCCCAGAAACUGAUAUCACCUCCUAUUUCCCAGAAUGUUUUGAGUUUAUUGAGAAGGCCAAGAUCCAGGAUGGUGUGGUGCUGGUCCACUGUAAUGCAGGAGUCUCUCGUGCAGCAGCAAUAGUCAUCGGUUUUCUGAUGAAUUCAGAAAGACUCAGUUUUGCUAGAGCCUAUUCCUUGGUGAAAAAUGCAAGGCCUGCUGUUUGUCCAAAUCCUGGCUUCAUGGAGCAGCUUCACAAGUACGAAGAACAGAAUAUAAAGGCAAAUGGAAGCAUAGAUGAUCAUGACUGAUCAAAAGGGCGAAGGGAAACAAUCUAUACAGUACCAAAUGCUGGUUGUACUUUAAUCUCAUGUUUUGCAGUCCCCUUUCACAGGUGCAUUUUAAAGUCUUUUUUUUUUUUUUUUUUUUUUUUUUUUCCCUAUGUUCACCUUUCUGUCCCCAUUUUUCAGCAUCUAGUCUAAAGGCCAUAUGGUACUACACUGAUUUGAGAGAUGAUUUAUCCCAAGAGCAAGCUUUUCCUAGAGCAAGGAUAAAAGAUAAUUUUUCCUUGCAAUAGUAGAAUAAAAUUUUUAUUUUUUAUUUUUUAUUGAACCAUCAGAGAAUGUAGGCAGUAGAGAAAGGAAAUAAAAUCUUAACUAAGAUAA